UGACUGAAGGAAGAUUCGCCGAGUUGUCUGCAGUCUCCACCCACAACGCUCACACCGGGGAGAGGGAGAGAGGAAGAGUGAGGAGGGGAGGGACCUGCUACUCUGCUAGUGCUAGAGGAGCCCACGCCCAUGGCGUCCCCCCCGCCGCCGCCGCAACUUGUGCAGCUCCUGUCGCAGUUUCCCAUCACCCCCAAACCCGACCCCGACGGCCCAAUCCCGCCCCAAACCUCAAUCGCCGCCACACCGACGCCGCUUAUGCUCGCGCUUACCCCGGAGCUCUGCAACGUCCUCCACCAGGAGCUCGCGCCCUCCCCCGACGACGACCCCGCCUUCGCCCACUGCCUCCGCCAAUCCCAGCUCCACCUCGAUGCCCUCGCCGCCCAUCUCCGCCUCCCCGCCGCCGCCGCUCCUCCUCCCCCGCAGCAGCUGCAGCUGCAGCUGCCCGAACCAGGCGGAUCCUCCAAAUCUUCCAGCGGCAAGAAGCGCGCGCGCCGCGUCGCUGAGAUGGUGCGCGCUACCAACCUCGGCCUUGCCGACCACCUCCACUUCCGCUCCCUCGUCCGCCGCGCUCGCCUCACCUUCGAGGCUCUCCGCGGAAUCUAUCAGCGCCAGGAGCCCUCCGCCGGCGCCCGCAACCGCGCCGACCUCCGCGCCUCCAGCAGGAUGCUCUCCGCCGGCCACUGGCUCCACCGCGACGUUCGCAUCGUCGGCCACAUACCCGGCGUCCUCGUCGGCGAUGCCUUCUACUACCGAGCCGAGCUCUGCGUCGUCGGUCUCCACACCGCGCCGCAGGCCGGCAUCGGUUACAUCCCCGCCAGCCUCGUCAGUGAGGGCCACCCCGUCGCCACCAGCAUCGUCUCCUCCGGAGGCUACCUCGACGACGAGGACACCGGCGACGUCCUCGUCUACACCGGCAGCGGCGGCCGCCAGCGCAACCGCCUCGAUCACCACGCCGACCAGACACUCGAGCGCGGCAACCUCGCGCUCCACAACAGCUACCUGUACGGCGUCGAGGUGCGCGUCAUCCGCGGCCACGCCUGCGACACCAGCCCCAACCGCAAGGUGUACGUCUACGACGGCCUCUACAGGGCCGUCAGCUCCACAUUCGGCCCCGGCAAGUCCGGCCGCGACGUCUGCAAGUUCAAGCUCGUGCGUCUCCCGGGCCAGGACGACAUCGGCAGCAAGAGUUGGCACACCGCCAAACAGCUCAAGGACACCAUGGACGCCAAAAUCCGCCCGCCCAGGUACAUCUCCCUCGACCUGUCCAAGGGGAAGGAGCCCUUCCGUGUGCCCGUCAGCAAUAAGGUGGACGACGACAGGUCUCCCCUGCUGUUUGAGUACACUGUCCACCCUGAGUUUCCAGUGUCCGCGGUGACCGGGCCGGCGAAGCGGCAGAGGGGCUGCCACUGUGCGAUGGACUGUCGGUCGAUGUGCAGAUGCGAGAGGAAGAACAGUGGAGGGCUGUUGUAUAAUGAGGAUGGCACUCUUGUGAUGGGACGGCCGGUGGUGUUUGAGUGUGGUGCUCUGUGUGGGUGCCCCAUGACCUGUGUGAACCGGCUGACGCAGCGAGGGAUGAAGCACCGGCUGGAGGUGUUCCGCUCCACGGAGACAGGGUGGGGUGUCAGGACGCUGGACUUGAUACAGCCAGGUGCUUUCGUGUGCGAGUACAGUGGGGAUGUGAUCGUUAUGGACGAUCAAUCAGGCAAUGUGUUGAUGGAGGAUCGCAGCAUCAUCGAUCCAAAGAGGUUCCCUGAGCGAUGGAGGGAGUGGGGAGAUGCCUCCGCCGUGGACCCAAACGACGAGAGACCCCAGUUCCCUGAAUUCCUAGGGCCAGGUUACCUCCUUGACGUUUCCCAGAAGAGGAACGUGGCCUGCUACAUUAGCCAUAGCUGCACCCCCAAUGUGUUUAUCCAGUUUGUAAUCCGUGGCAAUGAGGACGAAUCAUGCCCUCAUCUCAUGGUGUUUGCCAUGGAGACCAUCCCACCCAUGCGGGAGCUGAGCAUCGAUUAUGGAGUGUAGGAUCUGUGAGUGGGAUCGAAGCUGAUGCUGGUGCUGAAGCAUCAAUAUAUUGAAGCUGAUAGCUCCACAACUUACUAGCCUUUUUGGAUGGAUAACUUACUGGCCUUUUUGAUGGAAAGCUGAUACAUUGCUUUCACUUCACCGUAGGUUGCACCCUCUAAAUUGUUAAAGUCUAAAACCGAGGGUAUCUCUAGCUGCUCACAUUUGUCUUGGUAGCUUUCAGCUGCCAUUAAUCCUUUUGUUGUUGUUGUUGUUGCUGCUGCUGCUGCUGCAGUUAUAGGGUUUACAUGCAAAAGGUAUGCUAAAUCUUUUACUAGUGUUGUACUGAUAUGGUUAGCACAAAAGAGACUCUAUAUUUAACAACUGUGUCUGUAUAUCUUUAUGAACCGUAUAUUACAUGAGUGAACUUGUUCUGCUGGUUC